CACUUCAAGGAAUCUUUAAAGAGUCCGUCGCCUGUAUAAAAUGCUUCAGGGCUCGACAGCUCGCAAUAUGAGCGGCAUGAAGACUCCGUCCCCGCUUCUGACAAUGACAAACAAUGACAACGACCCUCUCCCCCUCGGAUGGGAGGUGAAGAUUGACCCUCAGACUGGAUGGCCUUUUUUUGUCGAUCACAAUAACCGCACGACAACCUGGAAUGACCCGAGACACGACACGAAAAAGGUCAAAGAAGUGUCAUCAAAUGGACCCAACAUACCAACAGAGCAAAGCCCUCAGGGUUCCCAGCAGACCUUUCUGAGGGAAAUGAAGCACCCUAUUCUCCGCCCAGGUUAUGUUCCUAUACCGGUCUUCCAUGAAGGUGCAGAACUAAGGCAGCAGCAAGAUCCAUGUUACUCUUAUAUUCAUCCCAAUACAACGCAGAGUAUCUGGACAGAGGGCAGGACGCCUACCCCAACACCAGGGCUCCACUGUAGACCAAGAUCGCCAUUGCAUGGACCUUCAGAAAGUUGUCCUGCUGAACCUGGAAAGGCUGGCUCCCCUGUUUCACAAACAACAGAGGUGUUAACACCCUUGCACCAUCAACCUCCCAGGCCCAACAGCAUUGGUCUUCAAGCAGGUUACAUCCCCAUUCCAGUGAUUCAUGAGGGUGGAGGAGGCCAAACACAGACACAGGCACAGUCUAGUCCAUCGACCUACUCUCAGCGGAUCCCCUUCUGUGAGCAUACACAGCCCUUCAACCGAUUCCAGAAAGAUGAAUGGCCAAGCUACUCUGUGGCAAUGCAGCCUCCCCGGGAAAGGGCUUCUCCAAUACUGCCUCCCCAGCAUCGUGAUGCUCCUUCAGUUAACCCUCCAUCUCAUAUUAUUAGCCAGUCACCUGUUCUAUCACAGGUGAUGGGAGAAAUACCACAGGCUCAGCAGCAUACCCCAACAAGAGACCAGCUCCCAAAAAUAGAGCAGGAACAACAAAGCACACAGCAGAAACCUGAUAACACACAGUCCCCACCACUGCACCUGGGAGCUGAUGCCAUCAAGCCUCAACAACCUCAACAGUUCCAGAAACUUCCACUAGAGCAACCUCAACAGUUCCAGCAGCAGCAGCAUCAGUUCCAGGACCCUCCUCAGACAACUCCACAGCCUCAGCAUCCUGAACAGUUAAUGCAGACACAGCAGCAGUUCCAGCAGCCCCAGAAGCAAGAGCAACCACAGCCACAUGCAGAUAUUACGGUUCAAACACCUCCAAGACCAGAACCCCUGGACAAACAAGCAGUCCCCCCAGAGGUAACGGCAGAGGCUGAGCCAGCCUCUCAGUGCCAGACCCAUCCAGGCUUGGCUAAAGUACAGCAGAUAGUUGAACGGGUAGCUAAACUAGAGCAAGAGGUGAAGUGUUUCGCUGGGAAGAAAAAUGAUAAGAAAUACUUGUUACUGGAGGAGCUACUGACUAAAGAGCUUUUAGCACUAGACUCUGUUGAUCCAGAAGGUCGGCCAGAUGUACGACAGGCAAGGCGGGAUGGAGUCCGUCAUGUCCAGAACAUAUUGGAGGAACUGGAACAACUGGAAGAGCAGCCAGUCAGGUUAGCCAGCCAGGUGGCGAGGGAGGGAGACAGCGUACCACAGAGAGGAGAGCCGAGCACGGUCUUGAAAGGGAAUAUUGAGCUCGCAAAUGAGACAUCGUAAUGACUGCACACUUUAAAGUCAAGAAAACAGAAGGCUGCUGUGUAUUUUAUAGUGAAAACAUACGCUCCAGUUUAAUCUCACGCUAAAGCGUUCGCAGAAUUGCAUGCAUUGAUCAACAGUGUUGGUAUUUCCUGGCAUUCAGCACAUAAUUGAUGGUAACUAAGUGCAAUCAUGUUCUCCAAGCCAAUGUUGUUGCCUUCUAUGUAAUGCCAAUGUCAUAAUAAGAACGCUGUUAUGAUAAAGGUGUUGACAAAAAAUGUCAAAGUUAAAGUUGAAUAAGAGGCUUUUGUCCAUAAGUGGAAAAGUGUUUUCUGAGAAGAUGAUUUAUAUAGUUGCCUUUUGUCCCGACUGUCCUAAUUAAUUAAUUAAUUAAUUGAUUGAUUAAUUAAUCAUUGUUUGCUCACUGUUUGAGGCUUUUCUUGGUUUGAUCACCACAGUAGUGUGUAGAUGAGUGAAAGGAAUGGGGCUUUAUUUUAGCUGAUGAUGCUUUUUGGUGCAUUACUGAUUUAGUUUUCUUCGCACUUUGCCAUUCAAACGUGUUGUGCUGAAAGAAAAGCAGCACUUUAUUUAAAAUGACAUGAUUCACACAGUUUUUGAUUGAUGUGUUUGAGUGUUUGUUUGUGCAAUGCUUCACUUGUUAUUUCAAAAUAUAUCAGUAUUAAUAUAUUGUAUUUUGGUACAUUUUUGUGUCAGAUGCAGAUGAAAUAUGUGUCUUUCUUGAGAAGUGAAACAAUCAGCACUUUGUGCCAUUAAGGACAGUUUAAGAUUGUACAAAUGUUUCAGUGUUUCUACCAAAGCCACAAUAAGGCUAAGUUAAAAAUGGCCUUGGAGCCUUAAAUCAUGAUGCCUUGAAAGUAAAUUUGUCAUUCAAAAAGGUUGAAAGUUAUUCUGAUGGUUUUUGCUACUGAUUAUGGUACUCUGAUGAGUUAUCUGUCUGCCUUACACACCCCUGAUUGUGGCUUACUGUUGAUCACGGUUCAUGAGGAGCAGGGUUCAUGUAUUGUUUGAAGCCAGUCACAAUAGUAUGCUUCUAAAUAAAAUGUAUUUCACAUGGA